AUGGAUGGAUAUAAAAGUAGUGCCCUUGAGGAUGGACACUUAAUGAGAGACCGGAAUGAGGAUGGGGAGAGUGAGGGCCAUCAAGCACACCUGGGGAGUCCUAUUCCAGACUACGAUGGUGACUGUCAUCCAUGUGGGGAGGUCUCUGAUCAAAGCCCCAACCUCAUUACAUGUAAGAGUAUACAUUUAGGAGAGAAUCACUCUAAAUCUGGUGCAAGUGGGGAGAUCCUUAACCAGUCCUCCAGUGCUGGUGAUCAGAAGAGGAUUCAUGUGGGGAAAAGCCCAUACACAUGCAAUGAACCUGGGAACAUACUUAGUCAGUCAUCAAGACUACAUAUCACUAAGACAAUCCAUGCUGGAAAGAAAGGUUACAUUUGUAAGGAGUGUGGCAAAGCCUUCAACAGGCACUCAGCACUCAUUCAACAUCAGCGAGUGCACACUGGAGAGAAACCUUACGAAUGUGAAGAAGGUGGUAAAACCUUUAAUGAUGCCUCAUCAGUAAAUGUACGUAGACUAAUCCGUACAGGAGAGAAACCUUACACACAUAAAAAAUGUGGGAUGGACUUUCCCCAACACUCACCUCUUACCACACAUCACAGAAUCCAUACUGGAAAGAAACCUUACCAAUGUACGGAAUGUGGCAAGGCCUUUAACAGUCCCUCACACCUUAGUAGACAUCACAGAAUCCAUACUGGAGAGAAACCUUACCAAUGUAACGAAUGUGGUAAGUCUUUUACCCACCAGUCAAGCCUUAACUAUCAUCACAGAAUCCAUACUGGAGAGAAACCUUACCAAUGUAACGAAUGUGGCAAGUUCUUUAAAUGGCUCAAAGCCCUUAAGGUACAUCACCGAAUCCAUACUGGAGAGAAGCCUUACCAAUGUAAUGAGUGUGGCAAGGCCUUUACCCAGUACGCACACCUUAAGGGACAUCAACACAUCCAUACUGGAGAGAAACCUUACCAAUGUAAAGAAUGUGGCAAAACCUUUACCCAGUACACACAUCUUAAGGGACAUCAACACAUCCAUACUGGAGACAAACCUUACCAAUGCAAAGAAUGUGGCAAGGUCUUUACCCAAUCCUCACAGCUUAAGAAACAUCAACGAAUCCAUACUGGAGAGAAACCUUACCAAUGUAACGAAUGUGGCAAGUCCUUUACUUAUCAGUCAAGCCUUAACUAUCAUCACAGAAUCCAUACUGGAGAGAAACCUUACCAAUGUAACGAAUGUGGCAAGGCCUUUAAGUCUCUCUCAACCCUUAUUCAACAUCGCCAGAUCCAUACUGGAGAGAAACCUUACCAAUGUAACGAAUGUGGCAAGUUCUUUAAAUGGCUCAAAGCCCUUAAGGUACAUCACCGAAUCCAUACUGGAGAGAAGCCUUACCAAUGUAAUGAAUGUGGCAAGGCCUUUACCCAGUACGCACACCUUAAGGAACAUCAACACAUCCAUACUGGAGAGAAACCUUACCAAUGUAACGAAUGUGGCAAGUCCUUUAAGUCUCUCUCAACCCUCAGUCAACAUCGCCGGAUCCAUACUGGAGAGAAACCCUACCAAUGUAAAGAAUGUGGGAAGUUCUUUAAAUGGCUCAAAGACCUUAAGGUACAUCACCGAAUCCAUACUGGAGAGAAGCCUUACCAAUGUAAUGAAUGUGGCAAGGCCUUUACCCAGUCUGCACACCUUAAGGGACAUCAACACAUCCAUACUGGAGAGAAACCUUACCAAUGUAAAGAAUGCGGGAAAUCCUUUACUCACCCCUCAAGCCUUACCAAACAUCACCAAAUCCAUACUGGAGAGAAACCCUACCAAUGUAACGAAUGUGGCAAGACCUUUACCAAACACGCACACUUUAUUGGACAUAAAAGAAUCCAUUCUGGAGAGAAACGUUAGCAGUGUGAGUAACGU